AUGCAUCGAGCCUCCGGCGGCCGUUUGGGACGAUUUGGGCAGCCCCAGGACGCCCUCGGCCAGGCGCAGCCGUUGGAAGGCACCCCGAGGCUGGAAAGAAGGCCGCCGAGAACCGACGAAGAUCGGCACCGCCCAAACAAACCAUCAACAGUAUGUGUGCGUCGGCCACGCGAGGGCGACGCGCAGGCUCGGAAAUCCGAUGGCAGAAGCUCCCUGGCGGGCGCCUCCUGGCCGUAUCGCUCGGGUCGGACGCACGCCUUCAAGGAGGACACACAGUGCCAGCGUGUCCCUGUGCGUCUCAGCAAACGCCCGAAAGCACCGAACCUCGAAACUUCGAGCCGGUCCCCUCCUGGCGUGGCCCCUCGAUUCGAGCAGGCGUGCCGCGGCGACGAGCAGCUGGUGCUGGAGGCGAUGCAGCGGGACCGGGAGGCGCUGCGCUUCGCCUCCGGGCCGCUGCUCGGCGACCGCGCCUUCGCGCUGCGCGCCGUGGGGCUGUGGGGGCUAGCCCUGGAGUCGAAGCGGCGGGGGUCGCCGGAGGGGCUCUCGAGGCACCCAGGUCUCCGGGGAGACAUGUUUUUCAGUCCGGGUGUCUUUUUCCAGUGUGUCGGCCUCCCAGAGCUUCGAAGAUCUGAUUUAGUCAAUGCGGGCGAUCGUCCUCGAUUUCGGCCUCCAGGGCCCAUGCCUCAGGAACAUAAGAGGAUCGGGGACACAAAACUAUCCAUGGGGAGCAUACAGUGGACUACAGGGCUGGAUAAGACGUCAUAUCCCAAGACGGGGAGUCUUGAUGAAUUUUCUCAACUCGAGUGGCAGUGA